GAAUUCCCGUUCGUCGUAGGUACCAUUCUUGAUAUUAUGUUGCUCAACUAGGCUCGUCCGCGAUUGGAUGUUUUCUUGGGAAGUCGGACGAUGCUCGUGACGCAGUUGAAUGGAAACGCUCAGCUUGGCAUCUCGUUGAUACAGUCCAGUUAUCGACGUGUUUUGCCACGUGGUAGUCAUUAUUCGGCAGGUGACUGGUUAGUGAUGAUCAGAGGAGCAUACAGGAAUCUCAGUGAUAUUAUGCAUAAAAUGAUAACACUUGUGGAGAAAGAUUAUGGAACAAUGCAAGUAACACAGUUGCAGAAAGCUGCUUUACAGGAACGCUGCAUACUCGUUGAUAAAUUAGAUAAGCCUGUUGGUGAAGCUACCAAGCAAGUCUGUCAUGAGAUUAAUACGGAGGGAUGUGUACCGCUACAUAGGGCAUUCAGCGUCUUUCUGUUUAAUAGUAAAAAGGAAUUGUUACUCCAGAAGCGAUCGAGCGCCAAGAUAACAUUUCCAAAUUGCUAUACGAAUACGUGCUGCAGUCAUCCCUUAGCGGAGAUUCCUAAUGAAAUAGAAGAAGAAGAUGCUAUAGGUGUACGCCGAGCUGCGAUAAGAAGACUCGGUUAUGAGCUGGGUAUACCUAGCGAUGAGAUCAAACCUUCUGACUUAUUUUACUUGACAAGAAUUUGCUAUCAAGCACCCAGUAAUAAUCGCUGGGGUGAACACGAGAUCGAUUACAUAUUGUUUCUGCAACGGGACGAUCUCACCAUAAAUCCCAAUCCCGAUGAAGUGAGCGAGAUUCAAUGGGUGUCGCGAUCGGAGAUCGAGAAUUUUAUGAAGACUAUACCGCUGAUGACACCGUGGUUUCGUAUGAUUUACAAUUUUAAACUGCUGCAUUGGUGGGAUAAUCUACAUGCCUUAGCUGAAAUGCAAGAUCACCAAAAUAUAAUUUUGUUGACGGAUUAAUUUGUAGACAUGUAUAGAUCUUAUAUCUGUUCUUUUUUUAGCUGAACUUUUUACCAUUCAUUUUUUUUAAUAAAGAGAACAAGAGAAAAGUCACAUUCAAGAAGUUUAACUGAAAAAGAAUAGGUUUCUUGUCACCAAAGUAUAAAACUUGUCUAAUACAUAUUACAUAAGUCGCCGGAAUAACAAUUCUUGUAUUAUAUUACUGAGGAAAUGGAUUUAAAUUUAUGGAUUUAAGUUUAUGGGAUAUGUUUGUACCUGUGUUUUCUUAAUUUAAAUAUUUUAUGUAUAUACGUAAAUUGU